GCGGGACAGGGUGCUCGAACCGUCGUAAACCAGUGGUUACAGUUGCAUGCAAACUAGUUUAUUCGAAUUUCUGGUCUUCUUAAAAAAAAAAAAACAAAACUCUACGCCUGUACGGUGGCCGAGGAGGUUCGAGGCGGAAGUACCCGAGUGGGUGUGUGCAAAAAGCCAGAGCCAGAGGUGCACGUGGCGCCGGUGGGAGAGAGGAUGUCUUUUCGAGGUGGAGGUCGUGGAGGCUUUAAUCGAGGUGGUGGAGGCGGAGGCUUCAACCGCGGCGGCAGCAGCAACAACCACUUCCGAGGUGGAGGCGGCGGCAGUUUCCGAGGCGGCGGCGGCGGCAGGGGAGGAUUUGGACGAGGGGGUGGCCGCGGAGGCUUUAACAAAGGCCAAGACCAAGGACCUCCAGAACGUGUAGUCUUAUUAGGAGAGUUCCUGCAUCCCUGUGAAGAUGACAUAGUUUGUAAAUGUACCACAGAUGAAAAUAAGGUACCUUAUUUCAAUGCUCCUGUUUAUUUAGAAAACAAAGAACAAAUUGGAAAAGUGGAUGAAAUAUUUGGACAACUUAGAGAUUUUUAUUUUUCAGUUAAAUUGUCAGAAAACAUGAAGGCAUCAUCUUUUAAAAAACUACAGAAGUUUUAUAUAGACCCGUAUAAGCUGCUGCCACUGCAGAGGUUUCUACCUCGGCCUCCAGGUGAGAAAGGACCUCCAAGAGGCGGUGGCAGGGGAGGUCGAGGAGGAGGAAGAGGAGGAGGUGGCAGAGGUGGUGGCAGAGGCGCUUUCCCAGAGCGAAACCACUGA